UCAUGACGUCGUGUUACAUUUAGUGGCCACACUCACAGAAUGUCCUGUUCUAAAUGGCUCCCUGCAGGGGCCGAGAGGUCCUGCCCUCCUUGAAAGCACGGCUGGGGACUUAACCAUGCAGAGCUGUGGUUCUGAGUUAAGGCUGUAAGAAUGCGUGCGUGCAAAGGCAGGCACCGCACGAACAGCCACACUUCUAGAAUGUUCUAGCUAGUGCGCAGGGCAGAGGUAAAGGGAGCAGGAAUGAACGGGCGAAGGACCCGGGGUCACGAGACCGUUGGGUGGGCGGAGCCAGCGGCCGGGGAGGUUCUAGUCUGUUCUGCCUCGCGGCAGCCGCCCCCUUUACGCCACGCUGAGCCAGCGCCCGGGCCUGGAAUCGGGCCACAGCCACCGCCGAGCCCGCCGCCUCCCGCCGCGCCCGGACCAUGGACCCCCGCAAAGUGAGCGAACUUCGAGCCUUCGUGAAAAUGUGUAAGCAGGACCCGAGCGUUCUGCACACCGAGGAAAUGCGCUUCCUGAGGGAGUGGGUGGAGAGCAUGGGGGGUAAAAUACCACCUGCUACUCAUAAAACUAAAUCAGAAGAAAAUACCAAGGAAGAAAAAACAGAUAGUAAGAAGGUGGAGGAAAACAUAAAGACAGAUGAACCGUCAAGUGAGGAAAGUGAUCUGGAAAUUGACAAUGAAGGUGUGAUUGAACCAGACACUGAUGCUCCUCAGGAAAUGGGAGAUGAAAAUGUAGAGAUAACCGAGGAGAUGAUGGAUCAGGCAAAUGAUAAAAAAGUGGCUGCCAUCGAUGCCCUAAAUAAUGGUGAACUGCAGAAAGCCAUUGACUUGUUCACAGAUGCCAUCAAGCUAAAUCCUCGUUUGGCCAUUCUGUAUGCCAAGAGAGCCAGUGUCUUCAUCAAAUUACAGAAGCCAAAUGCUGCCAUCCGAGACUGUGACAGAGCUAUUGAAAUAAAUCCUGAUUCAGCUCAGCCAUACAAGUGGCGAGGGAAAGCACACAGACUUUUGGGCCAUUGGGAAGAAGCAGCCCAUGAUCUUGCCCUUGCCUGUAAGCUGGAUUAUGAUGAAGAUGCUAGUGCAAUGCUGAAAGAAGUUCAACCAAGGGCCCAAAAAAUUGCUGAACAUCGGCGCAAGUAUGAGCGAAAACGUGAAGAGCGAGAGAUAAAAGAAAGAAUAGAAAGGGUUAAGAAGGCUCGGGAAGAACAUGAGAGAGCCCAGAGGGAGGAAGAAGCCAGACGGCAAUCAGGAGCUCAGUAUGGCUCUUUUCCAGGUGGUUUUCCUGGGGGAAUGCCUGGUAAUUUUCCUGGAGGAAUGCCUGGAAUGGGAGGGAGCAUGCCUGGAAUGGCAGGAAUGCCUGGGCUCAAUGAAAUUCUUAGUGAUCCCGAGGUUCUUGCAGCCAUGCAGGAUCCAGAAGUUAUGGUGGCCUUCCAGGAUGUGGCGCAGAACCCAGCAAAUAUGUCGAAAUAUCAGAGCAACCCAAAGGUUAUGAAUCUCAUCAGUAAAUUGUCAGCCAAAUUUGGAGGUCAAGCGUAAUGCCCUUCUGAUAAAUAAAGCCCUUGCUUAAGGAAAAGCAACUUGGAUCACCUAACGGAUGUCGCAAUAAUACAAACCAGUGUACCUCUGACCUUCUCAUGAAGAAAGCUGGGGUGCUUUGAAGAUAAUCCCUACCCCUUUGCCCCAAGUGCAGCUGAAACAUUUUACAGUGGUUUGCCAUUAGGUAGUCAUUCAUUCAGAUAAUGUUUUCCUACUAGAAAUUAAAAACUUUAAACACUUUUUAAACCUUAAAAAUAUUUAAGACAAAUUAAAAGGUUGUGUUAAUCCCUACUUUUUUCUUUACUAAUCAUUUUAGUUUUUUCCUUUGAAUUAAUUAGGCAAGGAAAAUACUUCAGUAUGGAAGAUUUAUUGUUCACAUUUGAGUGAAAUAAAGAUUUAUUAAUGAGGAGCAAAUACAGCAUUUAAAUAGAUAAAAUUUAAGUUGGAUAUUUGGCUACUGAGGCAUUUUGAUUUGUCUUUUUAAUUGCUUUGUUACUGUUAUUUUUUAAUGAUUUGCUUCCGUAAAAGUAUUGGGACCACUGGUAUUGCAGUAGGACCUGGGUAGGGACUGGAAGUACUUGGCAGGGCAGCAGCAAUCUUACUACAGUUUCUAUAAUACGUACCCUUGUGCAGAUGCGUUUAAAUCUUACACUGUGGUGAAGGGAUGAUUUUUAUAAUGCUGCAGUAGAAUUGGGUUACAUAGCUCUGUUCUUGUCUGAUAUCUAAAAUAAAUGUUUCAUUUUAUUUCCACAUAUGGGAAAUAAGGGAAUAUUUUUCUCUUUAUGUUUCUAUGUUUAAAAUGUGCUAUUCAGAUCAGAAAAUGCCCAGACUCUUUAAAGUGUACUUUCUACUUGUUUUCACAUUUUUUUCCUCUUCUUGGGCUAAAGAUGGUCCUUUUUCACUAGCGUCAUUACUGCUGUCAUCAUUCACAGUGUAAUCAUGCAAGCACAUUUAAUGCUGGGUUUAAUAUGUGGUACAUAUAAUGACUAUGUAGAGUAAUACCCAUAAUAGCUGUAGUUUCUUUCUUGGCCAAGAGAUUUCAUAUUUUAAAUGUUAGAUUUCCACUUCAGUGAAAUUUUAACGUACCAAAUGUUGAAAGAAAGGAUUCCCUUUGCUGUUUGGCCUCCUACUUGGGAAUUAUCUUUUGUGGCUAGAAUUUAUUUUGUACUAAUCUUUAUAAUUUGGAGAAUACGAAGGUUGAUACACAAAGAGGGAAACCUAAAUUCUUAAUCCAGCAUGACCUAAAAAACUGAUAAGAUUAAUGGUGGUUGUUCCUUGUGGAAUUGUCAGCAUUAUGAAAGAGUCAUUGUUCCAUUCAGCUCUUAAACACUGCACCUAUAUACCCACCUCUCUUUUUUCCUUUCCUCUCCUCUAAGGAUGGAGAAAACUGAUAAAUUUUCUGUUGUACAUCCAGUUUUUAUUAAAUGAGACUGAAGUUCAGGGAGUGUAUGAGGAAUUGCUAGGUUUCUACUUACUAUCUUUCAAUUUAAAUUGCUAGUGUUUAAAAGCCAUUUCAAAGGAUGAAACUCUGAACUUUGCUUAUUUGAAGAAUCAAUGGUAGGAGCAUUAAAGUAAAAUCCAUGGAAUACAUUUCUGAAAUCCUAAGUUAAUUCAGAUUCUUACCCUUUGCUGUACACAAGCAAAUAGAAAUGCAUCUGUUAUAUAAGAAAAAGCUGUAUGCUGGCUGAGCAUGCUUUUUAAGUCCUUUAAAAAUACUCAGCAUAUAAACCUGUUUGAGCUUGCUGGUGUUCUCUUAGUUAAUUUGAGUUCCCCUUUCUCAAAAUUUCCAAUAUGUGCUGUGAAUAACUCAUGACCAGCUGCUUCUGGGUUCUUUAUUUGGUUUAUUUGAUUAACUACUUAUUACGUAAGUGCAUUCUGUCAUUGCACAUACUCCCGUAAGUAGGUAAAAGUAAAAUGGUCUUCUGAAAAUGUGUCCUGUGCUUUUAGACUCUUUAAGUUACACAGACAUACUUCAUUUUCACAGAAACUCCAUAUUUCUAAGCCAGAAAUGUUCUUUUCUUGUGCUGAUGAUGCUAUAAGAAGGAAAAGGAGGGUUUUUUCCCUGCUUAAAGAUAUAUAGUUAUUGGAUAUUUCUAGCCAUGUUAAAAAUAAAGUAUGGUUUCAAAUUGCG